CCGUGACACUUUUAUUUCAUAACUUGAAACUUGAUUUUCUUUUCGGCUCAUGUUGGGACAUCUAGAACCCAUUUUUGCCCCAUUUUCAAAGAAUCAACUUAAUCGUUGACACCGCUAACUACUGAUUUAGCUCGCAUUUAGUCGAUUUGGUUCUUCAAAAAAUCCCUUCGUUCUCCAUCAAGAAUCUUGUGCCUUAAUCGAGGGAAAAUUCAAGAAAAUGUCACUAGGGUAUGCAGAGAAGCUCUCCUAUAAAGAAGACGUUGGGGAUGUCGGAAUGUCCGAGAUGUUCGACUCCCCAGAUGAUUUACAACAAAAAAUCCAACAACUCGCAAAGAUGAUUAAAAAGAGUAAGCAUCUAGUGGCAUUCACAGGUGCAGGAAUAUCAACCUCUUGCGGAAUACCUGAUUUUCGAGGCCCAAAAGGCGUUUGGACUCUUCAGCGUGAGGGCAAAGGUAUUCCAGAAGCAUCUUUACCAUUUCAUCGCGCAUCACCAAGUCUUACUCAUAUGGCUUUGGUUGGACUUGAAAAAGCUGGUAUUUUGAAGUUCGUUAUCAGCCAGAAUGUUGAUAGCCUUCAUCUUCGUUCUGGAAUACCAAGACAAAAACUUUCAGAAUUGCAUGGAAAUUCAUUUAGGGAAGUUUGCCCUAAAUGUGGGAAAGAGUAUUUGAGAGAUUUUGAAUUGGAAACUGUUGGUUUAAAGGAGACAUCAAGGCGUUGUAUUGAUGCAAAAUGUGGAGCUAAAUUAAGAGAUAGUGUUCUUGAUUGGGAGGAUGAACUACCUCCUACUGAAAUGAAAGCAGCAGAAAGAAAUUGUAGAAUGUCGGAUCUUGUUUUAUGUUUGGGGACUAGUUUGCAGAUAACCCCUGCAUGCAACCUCCCUCUAAAGUCCAUUCGCAAUGGAGGAAAGAUGGUAAUUGUCAACCUUCAGCAAACUCCAAAAGACAAUAGAGCAAGUUUGGUGAUUCGUGGUUUUGUUGACAAGGUGAUGUCUGGUGUAUUGCAUCUUCUUAAAAUGCAAAUCCCUCCAUAUGUUCGUGUGGAUCUUUUUCAAAUUAUCUUUAAUCAAUUUCGAUGUACUUCAGAGACAAAAUAUGCAAAAUGGUCUCUUAGAGUUACUAGUAUUCAUGGAGAAAAAGCUCUGAUUCCAUUUAUUGAAUCAGUUGAGGUUACUUUUCCAGAAAGACCAGAGCUAAAAACUGCUGUGUUACACCAACAACCCUUUUUCCUAAAAAGGGAAACACUUAAAUCAAGACCACUUCACAUGGUUUUAUCGAUUAACUUCAGUGAAGGUUGUGGUUGUAAGUUUAUCAGCAUUGACUAUCCCGUUGACUUUGAGGCAUCAACAGAAGACAUUAAUGAAGAUAAGAACAUUGUGAUUCAGCAGCUUAGAGACAUGGCAAAUGAAGAUCGAUUUUGUGGACAAUCAUAUGUGAUUGAAAGAAAACUCAUUUCAGAUUCAGGGAAAACAAUUUCUACAUAUGCUGUUGCAACAAACAUUGCUCAAUUUGAUGAAUUAUCACCUUCAAAAACAGCUCAUAUCUCUAAUGGAGAAAGAGAAAAGAUGAAUCUUGGAAGUGGUGUAGAUGAUAUAUCUACAGCUAAUGUGCCUACAAAGAAGGCAUCAAUAGACGACAUAAACCAAGAUAAGAACAUUAUGAUUCAACAACUUAGAGACAUGACCAAUAAAGAUCAAUUUUGUGGGAAAUCAUCUGUAAUUGAGAGAAAACUCAUUUCAGAUUCAGGAAAAACAAUUUCUACAUAUGAUGUUGCUACAAACAUUGCUCAAUAUGGUGAAUUGUCACCUUCAAAAACAACUCAUAUGUCUAAUGGAGAAAAAGAAAAGGUGUAUUUUGGAAGUGGUGUAGAUAUAUCUCGAGCUAGUGUGCAUACAAAGAAGGAGCCCCAAACAUCCCCGACCCUUACUCCUACCUCCCUUCGUAUCAAUUUCUUACAGGAUUGUCUCCAGAUACUGAUUGAUUGCAGAGAAGGAGAUGGGGAUAUGAAUCUAGUGGAAUGGACAUGGAGGUAUUUCAGCGAAGAGAACUCCAUGGUUGAAGCUUUGGACCCAGAAAUCAAGCAGGAUAUUAGUUUCAUGGAAGAAAUUACCUUAGUGUUCAAAUAG